AUGCCGGAGAAUAAUACAGCUUCUCCCGUCGAGCCCCUCAACACGGAGAUCCGAAUUUUCUAUAUUCAAAUCAUCAGCUUGGACGCUGAAAACCAAAUCCUGAGCACACUAUUUCAAACCAAAAUGUAUUGGACCGAUGAUCGGCUGGCUUGGGACUCAGAAGAAUACGGUGGUAUCGACCAGCUAUACCUCAACGAGGAUUUAUUCUGGUUGCCGGAUGUUAACAUUGGCAAUGUGAAAGGCCUCGUCCUGGUGCAUCCGGAUCAAAUUCGUACGUUGCGGCUGAGGAGCGAUGGCAAAGUGAUGAUGCCUACAGUCUAUUUUGCGGAAACGACUUGCACGAUUAAGGACGCGUCUAGUCAAAUUCUCAGUACAUGUCUAGAGAUCAAAAUGAUUUGGAAGGACCCACGGCUCGCGUGGGAUCCGGACGACUACGGUGGCAUUGAGCAGAUGUACCUCAACGAGCAGCUAUUCUGGUUGCCGGAUACGAAUGUUGGCAAUGUAUUGGCCCUGUCGAUCAUCCAUCCGGAAGGUAUCCGGACGGUAUGCGUGAAAAGCAGUGGCCAUGUGACUUGGCCGGCUCAGUAUUAUGCGGAAAAUAAUUGUAGAGUAAAGGUCGGAACCUUUCCGUUCGACACUCAACUUGGUAUCGGGCUGACCAGCCUCGUCUCGAUGACCGUCCUCUUGGAUAUGCUUUCCGAUGCAAUACCGAAAACUGUUGAUUUUCCGAUAUUAGGAAUCUACGUCGUCCUCUGCGUGGGCUCCACUUUCCGGCAACUUUUUCAAGGCAUCGCCCGUUGCAAUACCACAGGCCACGAUGAUGAAGCCGCUUCUCUACCUGAUGUUGGCGGUCACAACCAGCGCCUUUACUGUCCCAACGAGCUGUUU